UUGUGUGUGGGUGGGAAGUCGACAAUGAGCUCCGUGGCAGUUUUGACCCAGGAGAGCUUCGCUGAACACCGCAGCGGCCUGGCUCAGCAGCAGGUGAAAGUUACAGCUUUAAACUCUGAAGAAGAGAAUGAUCCUCCAACCUACAAGGAAGCCUUCCCUCCGCUCCCUGAGAAAGCACCAUGUUUGGAAGCUGCCCAGGAACCUGCUGGGCCCUGGAGCAAAAUCCGACCAAUAAAGGCUUCUGUCAUCACUCAGGUGUUUCAUGUGCCACUGGAGGAGAGGAAAUACAAGGACAUGAAUCAGUUUGGAGAAGGCGAGCAGGCCAAGAUCUGCCUUGACAUCAUGCAGAAGACAGGAGCUCACCUGGAGCUGUCUCUCGCAAAGGACCAGGGCCUUUCAAUCAUGGUCUCUGGCAAGCUGGAAGCGGUCAUGAAGGCUCGGAAGGAGAUUGUCGCUCGGCUGCAGACUCAGGCUUCAGCGACAGUUGCCAUCCCUAAGGAGCACCACCGUUUUGUCAUUGGAAAGAAUGGCGAGAAGCUGCAGGACCUGGAACUCAAAACUGCAACCAAAAUCCAGAUCCCCCGCCCGGAUGACCCCAGCAACCAGAUCAAGAUCACCGGCACUAAAGAAGGGAUUGAGAAGGCCCGACACGAGAUCCUGCUUAUCUCUGCUGAGCAGGAUAAGCGUGCCGUGGAGCGGCUGGACGUGGAGAAAGUGUACCACCCCUUCAUUGCUGGCCCUUACAACAAGCUGGUGAGUGAGCUCAUGCAGGACACGGGGACGCGCAUCAACAUUCCUCCACCCAGUGUCAACAAGACAGAGAUAGUCUUCACAGGAGAAAAGGAGCAGCUAGCCCAGGCUGUGGCUCGUGUUAAGAAGAUCUAUGAGGAGAAGGCCAACAGUUUUACCGUCUCCUCGGUCUCUGCCCCCUCUUGGCUUCAUCGUUUCAUUAUUGGAAAGAAAGGACAAAACCUGGCCAAAAUAACUCAGCAGAUGCCAAAGGUUCACAUCGAAUUCACUGAAGGAGAGGAUAAAAUCACUUUGGAAGGACCUACAGAAGAUGUGAAUGUGGCUCAGGAACAGAUUGAAGUCAUGGUCAAGGAUCUGAUCAUCCGGAUGGAUUAUGCAGAAAUCAACGUUGACCACAAAUUCCACCGACACCUCAUUGGCAAGAAUGGAGCUAACAUUAACAGGAUUAAGGACCUCUACAAGGUGUCUGUGCGCAUUCCCCCGGACAAUGAGAAGAGCAACCUGAUCAGAAUUGAAGGAGACCCACAGGGGGUCCAACAGGCCAAGAAAGAGCUGCUGGAACUCGCUUCCCGUAUGGAAAAUGAACGCACCAAGGACUUAAUCAUUGAGCAGAAAUUCCACCGGACCAUCAUUGGGCAGAAGGGCGAGCGGAUCCGGGAAAUCCGGGAGAAAUUCCCAGAGGUUAUCAUCAACUUCCCAGACCCCGCCCACAAGAGUGACAUCGUCCAACUUAGAGGUCCCAAAAAUGAGGUGGAGAAGUGCACCAAGUACAUGCAAAAGAUGGUGGCAGACCUGGUUGAAAACAGCUUUUCUAUUUCUGUCCCUAUCUUCAAACAAUUCCACAAGAACAUCAUAGGGAAAGGAGGUGCCAACAUCAAGAAGAUCCGUGAGGAAAGCAAUACCAAAAUUGAUCUCCCAGCAGAGAACAGCAACUCGGAGACAAUUGUUAUCACAGGCAAGAGAGCAAACUGUGAGGCUGCUCGCCACAGAAUUCUUGCCAUCCAGAAGGAGCUGGCCAACAUCACAGAGGUGGAGGUCUCUAUUCCUUCCAAACUGCACAAUUCCCUCAUUGGCGCCAAAGGCCGCUUCAUCCGCUCCAUCAUGGAGGAGUGUGGUGGAGUCCACAUCCACUUCCCCACCGAGGGCUCUGGCAGUGACACCGUGACCAUCAGGGGCCCAGCCCAGGAUGUGGAGAAAGCCAAGAAACAGCUGCUGCACCUGGCAGAGGAGAAGCAAACAAAGAGUUACACCGUGGACCUCCGUGCAAAGCCAGAGUACCACAAAUUCCUUAUUGGUAAGGGUGGUGGCAACAUCCGUAAGGUGCGUGACAACACUGGGGCCCGCAUCAUCUUCCCAACCUCUGAGGACAAAGAUCAGGAGCUGAUUACUAUCAUGGGAACUGAGGAGGCUGUCAAAGAGGCGCAGAAGGAGUUGGAGGCCCUCAUCAAGAACCUGGAUAACGUGGUUGAAGACUCCAUGGUGGUUGACCCCAAGCACCACCGCCACUUUGUCAUCCGGAGAGGGCAAGUUCUGCGUGAGAUUGCAGAUGAAUAUGGUGGUGUGAUGGUCAGCUUCCCACGCUCUGGCACCCAGAGCGACAAAGUCACCCUCAAGGGAGCCAAGGACUGUGUGGAGGCAGCCAAGAAACGCAUCCAGGAGAUCAUCGAAGACCUGGAAGCUCAAGUGACAAUCGAAUGCACCAUCCCACAAAAGUUCCACCGCUCUAUUAUGGGCCCCAAAGGAUCCCGGAUCCAGCAGAUCACCCGGGACUAUGGUGUCCAGAUCAAAUUCCCUGACAGGGAGGAGAACCCAGCCCCUAUUGCAGAGCCAGCUGUGCAGGAGAAUGGCGAGGAAGGUGGGGAAGGCAAGGAUGGGAAGGAUGCAGAUCCCAGCUCUCCAAAGAAGUGUGAUAUCAUCAUCAUCUCUGGCCGCAGGGAGAAGUGUGAGGCAGCAAAGGAGGCACUGCAGGCCCUGGUUCCUGUCACCAUUGAGGUGGAAGUUCCCUUUGAUCUUCACCGUUACAUCAUUGGCCAGAAAGGAAGCGGGAUCCGCAAAAUGAUGGAUGAGUUUGAAGUGAACAUCCAGGUCCCUGCUCCUGAGCUGCAGUCAGAUAUCAUCACCAUCACUGGGCUGGCUACCAACCUGGACCGUGCCAAGGCUUUUUAGGAACUGCAAGCUGAACAAGAGGAUCGGGCCUUGCGAAGCUUCAAGCUAACAGUCACUGUGGAUCCCAAGUAUCACCCUAAAAUCAUUGGGCGGAAGGGAGCAGUGAUCACCCAGAUACGCACAGAGCAUGAGGUCAACAUCCAGUUCCCCGACAAGGAUGAUGAGAGCCAGGCCCAAGACCAGAUCACCAUCACUGGCUAUGAGAGGAAUGCUGAGGCUGCCCGGGAUGCCAUCAUGAAGAUCGUUGGCGAACUGGAGCAAAUGGUCUCUGAGGAUGUGACCCUGGACCAUCGUGUUCACGCACGCAUCAUUGGUGCACGUGGUAAAGCCAUCCGCAAAAUCAUGGAUGAGUUCAAGGUGGAUAUUCGCUUUCCUCAGAGUGGAGCUCCUGACCCCAACUGUGUGACUGUGACAGGACUCCCUGAGAACGUGGAAGAAGCUAUUGAUCACAUCCUGAACUUGGAGGAGGAAUAUCUUGCAGAUGUGGUGGACAACGAGGCAAUGCAGGUGUAUAUGAAGCCCUCUUCACAUGAAGAGUCCAAGGCCCCAUCCAAGGGCUUUGUGGUGAGAGAUGCCCCCUGGGCCACUGUCAACAACGAAAAGGCCCCUGAUAUGAGCAGUUCUGAAGACUUCCCCAGCUUUGGGGCUCAAGUGGCCCCCAAGACUCUUCCCUGGGGACCCAAACGAUAAUGACCUGGAAGCAGAAACUCCUCCAGCCUGCUGACCUGACACUAACCUGCCACAAAUACUUCCUGUCUGAAAUCUGACCCAGCGGCUGGAGCACAAGUCAAUUGCCCCAAGAGGUCUCCUAAUGGUGUCUGGAGUGCUAAAGCCCAUCCUGCUCCCCUCAGCUAUCACCGUGGCUAGGACCCACCCUCAUCUCUUGAUGGAUAUUCUUUCCUCCUUUGGAAAAAGACUUCCACUCAGAUUCAAACACUAAAUGUGUGUGUUUUUGUUAGAAACUUCAUAAUUGACUCAAAGUGGCUAAGAUUUGCAGCUUCCCAAGCGCUCGCAGAGCAAUCUGCUCUCUUGAGCACGUCUUACUAGGCAUUCUCGCCUUCAUUAGGAGACCUCCUUUACUGUGGCUAGGAAUCUACUUCCUGUCUCAUGACCUCAGGAAAUAAAUUUCCUUGACUUUCUAAAGCCAAAA